AUGUUAACAUUAGCUUCUCUGCAAUCUUUCAUCUCUCUCCCCAUAAUAUAUUUUUUUCAUUGGAUUUUUUCAGAAAAAAAAAAUCGAAAAAGAGAGAGAAUUGAAGUCUCUCCCCGUCGCCAGAAAAUCCUCUCCUCAGGAAUUCUAGGAGACCAUUAGAAUUAUUAUCUACGGUGUUGUCAAGUUUCUAACAAAAGAAAAAAUUCUAUUUAUAUCUUUAAUUCAGUCCAAAGGCGAUGAAGGAUAACGAUGACAAGUACGAGAAAGCUGAGAGAGGUUCAACAAAGAUCUUGCCCAAGACAGUCUUACUGAUUCUGCUAUGUGGGCUUUCUUUCUAUCUUGGUGGACUUUACUGUGGAAAGAACAAACUCCAAGUCAACGAUGUUGCAAAAGCUGGAUCUUCCUUGGAUGUUGUUGAUAACUCUCCUCAAGUCAAAUCUGUUUCUUUUCCAGAGUGCAGUAGUGACUACCAAGAUUACACUCCCUGCACGGAUCCAAGGAAAUGGAAGAAGUAUGGUACUCACAGGCUUACUUUCAUGGAACGUCAUUGUCCUCCUGUGUUUGAUAGAAAGCAAUGUCUAGUCCCUCCUCCUAAUGGGUAUAAGUCACCAAUAAGAUGGCCUAAGAGUAAAAAUGAAUGUUGGUACAGGAAUGUGCCAUAUGAUUGGAUUAACAAACAAAAAUCUAACCAGCAUUGGCUAAAGAAAGAGGGUGAUAAAUUCCAUUUCCCUGGUGGAGGCACAAUGUUUCCAAAUGGAGUUAGUGCUUACGUCGAUUUAAUGCAAGACCUGAUCCCUGAAAUGAAAGAUGGGACUAUACGAACUGCCAUUGACACUGGCUGUGGGGUUGCAAGCUGGGGAGGAGACUUAUUGGACCGUGGUAUCCUCACGGUGUCACUCGCCCCAAGAGAUAACCACGAAGCUCAAGUCCAGUUUGCUCUAGAACGUGGUAUCCCUGCGAUACUCGGCAUCAUUUCAACUCAACGCCUCCCUUUCCCUUCAAACUCAUUCGACAUGGCUCAUUGCUCAAGAUGCCUUAUUCCAUGGACUGAGUUUGGUGGAGUCUAUCUCCUGGAGGUUCACCGUAUCCUAAGACCCGGUGGCUUCUGGGUCCUAUCCGGUCCCCCAGUCAACUACGAGAACCGUUGGAAAGGAUGGGACACAACCGUCGAAGCGCAGAGAUCAAACUACGAGAAGCUCCAGGAUCUCUUAACCUCAAUGUGCUUCAAAAUGUACGCCAAGAAAGACGACAUCGCGGUGUGGCAAAAAUCUUCAGACAACACGUGCUACAACAAGCUGUCUAACGACCCCGACGCGUACCCGCCGAAAUGCGACGACAGCCUCGAGCCGGACUCCGCUUGGUACACUCCCAUACGCCCUUGCGUGGUGGUUCCGAGCCCUAAGCUUAAGAAGACGGGGUUGGAGUCUACACCCAAAUGGCCUCAGAGACUGCACGCGACUCCUGAGAGGAUCUCUGAUGUUCCUGGAGGGAACGGUGGUUUGUUUAAGCGCGAUGGUAGCAAGUGGAAAGCGAGGGCUAAGCAUUACAAGAAGCUGUUGCCUGCUGUUGGGUCUGAUAAGAUAAGGAAUGUGAUGGAUAUGAACACUGCUUAUGGUGGUUUGGCUGCUGCUUUGGUCGAUGAUCCUUUGUGGGUUAUGAACGUUGUUUCCUCUUACGCUGCGAAUACGCUUCCUGUGGUGUUUGAUCGUGGGUUGAUUGGAACAUAUCACGACUGGUGUGAGGCUUUUUCGACGUAUCCAAGAACUUACGAUCUUCUUCACGUUGAUGGUUUGUUUACAUCUGAGAGCCAAAGGUGUGAGAUGAAGUAUGUAAUGCUGGAAAUGGAUCGGAUCUUGCGUCCUAAUGGGUAUGCGAUUAUACGCGAGUCGAGCUAUUUCGUGGAUAAUAUUGCAUCGGUUGCUAAAGGACUGAGAUGGAGUUGCCGUAAGGAACAAACAGAGUCCGAAUCGGAGAAUGAGAAGCUCUUGAUUUGCCAGAAGAAGCUGUGGUAUUCUUCUAACGCUACGUCAGAAACAAAAUAGUAAAAAAGUGAGAGGGGCAAAAUCUUAAGCUUAAGCUUAAAGCCUUGGUUUUGUGUGUCCUGGAGGUUUCUUGAGAACAAAGUCACUACAACAAACAUAGGUUCUUUGUCUUGCUUCAAAGCCAAGAAAGGUGUUUAAAGCAGCUGCCAUUUCUUAUUUUAUUAUCCCAGCAUAUUUAUCAACUUUCGAUUUUUGCUUAUAGUAUAUGCUUGGUGAGAAAUAUAUUAUUGAUCUUUUUGUUUAAACUGUAAUUUUAAAUUUUAAAUGGUUAAGGUCGAGAUUUCUCCAAAGUUAGGUAUAUUGAUUUGAGAUACAGUUGUAUUGUUUUACACGUUAUUACGUUGGUGGUCCAUUAAUCAAUUACAAAUUUUAUCCAA